AUGAUCGGGGACCUGUUACUGUUUGGGUGAGGAAAAAGAAAACGUGUGGUCAGAUUUAGAAGGGAGCUGACGUCAUACUGUCACGGUCCUUGUAACUAAAGACAUUCAGAGGGCUGGCUGAGUGUCUCUGGAGUGGGAGCAGCUGUGAUGGCAGAUAUGUCUAGAGUAAACAUAUCUGCCCCCCCCCCCCUGGGAGAAACAGGGCACACACCCCAAGCCUGGCAACUCCAGUACAAGCAGGGUUUGGACGUUGCAGGACAGAAGCAUUGUUCUGUAUGUGGUAACUAGGUCAGAGGCAGGCAACCUUUGGCACUCAGAUGUUGUGGUCUACAUCUUGGAUGCUUUGUCAGCAUUCAGCAUUCAAGCUGUAAGGGCAUUAUGGGAGAUACAGUUCACAACAUCUUGAGUGCCGAAGCUUGAAUACCCCUCUAUUAGGUAAGCUAGGUACUCCAGUUUAACAGUCUCAACCUUCCACAAAAUUGAGCUAUUUCUAGUUGUGCCACAGACAGGGGUAAAAUCCUUUUUGAUUCCAAAAUGGCAAUCUAAUUUAAAGGGAUUCUUUAUUGUUCGGAAUAAAGUACCCGCACAUUAUGCAACCUCCUAGUACUUAUGGCACCACAGGAAAUAGUGCCGCUACAUCCUCCCCAACCCCCCCACACACCUUAUCUCAAUUUGAAUGCCUCUGGUGGUAGCAUUCUUAAUUGAAGCACACUUUGGGAAAAUUAACUUUUGACAGCUUGGGGUAGGGUUAUUAACCAGUGACCAUGUUCCCCAUACCAACAGGGUGUGUGUGUGUGUGUGUGUGUGUGUGUGUGUGUGUAUAUAUAUAUAUAUAUAUAUAUAUAUAUAUAUUAUUUUUUUUUGUCUGUGGUGUUGAACUAUAGGCUUAGGCCCCACUUGGACCUGUGAUCAGCUGAUAUUUGGUCUCUAUCCCACCUUGACCCUCUCAUAUGGUUGUUACCCUGACCCGGUGAGUGUUGGACAUCCAGGAGUGUGGAAACGAGGAGUACUAGGGUGUAUGCAUUCUUAUCCUGAAUGUCUUCUCUUUUCCUCGCCUUCUUCCACUCCGGUGACACCCUGAUCUUGUCUCUCUCUGAGCUGGGUUGAUCAAGUGGUGCAACAUCCCAAGAUCUAAGUAUGCAGUUUCCGUCCACCGGUGAUCCAAUGAUGAUGUUUUUACUUCUCUGGAUACCAGGAGUUUGGUGGGCUACCCCCAUCUGUAGGGAAAAUGGUGCUCUCUCAGCUGCGUUGUGAUUGCUUUGAAUUCCAGCCCGCGCUUCAGGGUAUAUGCCAAGACAUCCGCAAAGAUGGUCGUCCCUCUGUAAGCAGCAGGCAGAUCUUUGCGCUUUCUGUUUGCGGUAAUAACAGCCUCUUUGGCGUGUAAGUAGUGUGUCCUGAUCAGCACAUCGCGCAGUGUGUCCGGUGGUAGGAAUUUCGGUUUGGAGGUAUGGUGGAUUCUAUCAAGGAGGAACAGGUCGUGGGGUAAGUCCGGUACUAGCUAUCUUAGUAGACCCAUGACAUGGGCUGUCAGAUCAGCUGUGCCCACACUUUUGGUAAUGCCCUGAAUGUGCAGGUUAUUGCGGGGGCACGAUCCUCCAUGUCCGCCAGCUUUACAUCUUGUUCAUCCAGUCUGGAGUUGAGGCCAGUUCCGCUAAGUGAUCCUCCACAUGUGACGUGCGGCUGCCCAGAUUAUGUAGAUCUUUGCGGAAAGCUUUCAUAGCUGUAUCCAAUUUUGAUUUUGUUGGACAUCCCGUCUAGGAGGCUUUUCAGUGAGCUGUGAGUCAGGGUGAUGUCUUGUUCUGCAGACUGUGAGGUAAGAUUGUGCUCAUUAUCCACACCAUCUUGGGCCUGUUUUGGCUGUUGCAAAGGCUCUGGAGGCAAAGAAAUUUGCUUUUUACACCCUCUAUGUGGUUCUUUUCCCCUUAGGCUGUGACAUUGCGAGGCGAUUUCUCUCAGAUCGGGCUGUAAUUGCUCAUAGCCCUCGAGAUACGGAGCUGCUAGCACAUGCAUCUGAUCCGUUCCGAGUCCAGGAAACGCCCCACCAGUAGUUUUAAUCUUUAAAAACCAGAUGAAUUUUUUUCAUAUUUAGAUAAAUAAAACUGUUAUAGAUUUUAGUUAAUCAUUCAUAUUUGGAGAACUACUUAAAGGAACACUAUAGGGUCAGGAACAAAAAUAUGUGUUCCUGACCCUAUAGUGUUAAAACACCAUCUAGCCCCCCUUGUCCUCCCUUUGCCCCCUAAAUAUAGCAAAAUAUUACAUGUAUUCCAGUCUGCUGCUGGUGCUCCUGAUCUGCGUGUUUGGCUGACAUCAUCAGAAAUGUUGAUCUGAGCCAAUCACAAUAAUUUCCCAUAGGAAAGCAUUGAAUUGGCUCAGACUGUCAAGGAGGCAGAUAAGGAGCAGAACCAGCACAAGCCAAACACAGCCCUGAAGCCUGAAGGGAAUGAAUGUACUCACCAGAACAAAUACAAUAAGCUGUCAUUCUGGUGUCUAUAGUGUCCCUUUUAAAUAGUUUUAUUUAACUAAAACAAUAACAUUAUAUAGUACAUAUUCUUGUAUUUGCUUAAACAUCGAUGUUUAUUAACUGAAGUGUUUAAACAAAAUAUAUUUUCAUAAAAUAACUGAAUACAUGAGCUGGGUCUACAUAAAAACAGUCUUCUGCUGCUCACUUAUCUAAGUUCUCUUGUUGCUUGAUCAUCUAGAAAAGCAAAACAAGCUUCCCUGCUAUAUUGUUUCCCAACCAAUUUUCUCAAUUUAGAACGAUCAAGUCCAAAGGAAGUGAAUAUUCUUUCAAUGCCAGCAGAAGCCGACAUUGCUGUCAAAAGUGAAAUUAUUACUUCAACAAUUUUUGAAUCCUAGUACUUACGUGACCUCCACCAGAUCCCUGGUGGGACUUUCUUUAAAAUUUCAUCAGUAAACAUAUAUUUCUUUAAUGGUUCCACCUUAACUCUGAAGUUGAAUAUAGUUGGCAGUAUAGAUGGGUGAUUGCUGGAUACCCAUGUCAUGGCUAACUUGAUUUUUUUUUUUUAAAUCCUAGUGGUGAGUGGCACGGGUGCCCAUUAUCUCAGUGAUCCUUUGGAGAAUUGGGGACACUUUGUAAAUAGAUACGCUUACAGCUCUUGUCCGAAACAAAUUAAAACAUUUCCACAAUAUGGUAGCCCUGGCUGUCAAUUCUUUUUCCAUACUUAACAGAAAAUCUAACUAUAAUUCAUCAGUGCCAAUUGCACCCUACCAAAUGCACUGUCUGGUGUGUGAUAACCUCCUAGGAAGUUAUUGGGCAGAGAUCUGAGCCAUAGAGCAGGCUUCCCCAAACCCCGGUCCUCCAGAUGUUGCUGAAGUCCAACUUUCAUGAUUCUCAGCCUAUUUCACUCAUAGAAUCAUGAGAGUUGUAGUUCAGCAACAUCUGGAGGGCUGGAGUUUGGGGAAGCCUGGCUUAGUGUCUUGAACAUUAAUGUUAUGAACAAUGCAAGUGAAAAAAGCCCAACAUUGCGAGCUGGGAAAUGGAGCACAAUAAAAUCAUUGAAAUUUGUUUAUUUAAAAAAGAAAAUGUAAAAGAAAGUUAUUGACUCCUCAAACCCUCUGUGUGUGUGUGUGUGUGUGUGUAUAUAUAUAUAUUAUGUGUCUUCCUUCUAUUCUAAAAGAGAACUAGCGUUAAAAUAGUCAAGUGUAAAGUAAAUGUAAUUUCUUUAGAAAAAUAUAUUAAUUCUGCUUAUUUCUUUCUGCACCCAUAACAGGACACUGCUGGUGAAUGCAGGGGCAGUUCUAAAUUUUAAACUGUAAGUAUUCAUAUUCACAUAAGUUAUGUUUGAUAUAAAUACAAAAAAGUGGGGAAAUGCCGCUUGCACUGGAUAUUUUUAUACAGGGUUAUUCACUAGAGUGAGAAUUUAAAGUAAAUUUCAGGCCAGAGUAGGAAAGCUGAAAGCAUUUACAUUGAAUUCCCUUUAAAUUCUCACUUUAGUGAAUAAUCAUAAUAGAGAUAAUUGGUGUAGUGGUAAUUGUAAAGGUACAAAAACACAAAACCCAUUUGAGUUGAUUAAUAUCUACAGUCUCUGCUGACUUAAAAGAACGCUUCAAGCACACUAAUGGUUUUUGUUGUCAGGAGUGCCAUGCUCAUUUUACACCGGUUUGGAUCUGCCACGUGCCACUCUCCACCUCCACUAUUUCCUAGGGAAAACCAGAAGCUUCUGUUAGCUCUCCUGCAUUGUAGGGCCAUCUCAUUGGCUGAGCAUACCAGCUGUUCAGUUUUGGCCAAUUAGCCAUAACCUGCACUGGUAGGCUUAGCUCAGAUCGAAAGCUUUCCCCACUCCACUGUCACCAACCCCACUUUACUGUCACCUAGGAAGUGGUGCCAGCGUUUCCACAGUUCUAAGACAGCUUUACUUCUUACACUGGGGAAGUGCCAGGGCAUUCCUGGCACCAUAACCGCUAUAGUAUGCUGUAGUGCUUAUGGUGCUUGGAGUAUUCCUUUAAAUAGUGCAUAAAGUCACUGACCAAAUUAGUUUUCGACUGCUAUUGUAAACAGCCAUGUUAAAGGGACACUUCACUGUUUAAAUAAGUCUGUCUGUCCAUCCCAAUGAAAACAUACAUAUAUUUAACCUGUAAUAUUUAAUUACAGUCGGACCUCUGUUUAUAAACGACUCGGUUAACAUAAUUUUCGGUUUAAAAAUGAAAAUCCAUUAAAAAUAAUGCCUCGGUUUACAAUUUUUUUUCGCAAUACAAAGCAAGUUUCCCCAGGAUGCAUUGCACCUGGGAGGUUUAUAGCACCGACCUCUGCAUGCUGGAGCCUGUGGGUAGCACGUGGCGUCGAGUGUAGAGGUGCUGGAGCGGCUUUUGCAUCGAGUUUUGGAGCCAUUCAGGAAAUUGUUUUCAGUUGUUUUGGGACUUUUUGGUGCAUUUCUCAAGAUGUGGAAAGGUAGGGAGCUGAGCUUCAUCGUUUGCAUGCCUUUUCUUGUGGGUUGGUUUCCAUGCCAGCUCAUUUUGACUUUUUUCUGACCUCCAGAACGGAUUAAUUGGUUUUCAAUGCAUUCCUAUGGAAACCGCGUUUCGGUAUACAAAUUUUUCGCAAUAAGAAACGUCACGGAGAACGCAUUAAAUUCGUAAACCGAGGUCCCACUGUAUGCAGUUUUUUCAUUGUGUUUAUAUCUAAAAACAGACUGCAAAAGCUGCAGAUUUUGUAUAAAGUCUUUGCCUCCCUCCUUUUCUUUGGCUGUCCAAUAACCGACUUCCCAAUGCAGCUCAAUGAGAAGUUUUUAAAAGGCAGGUGCUCUAAACAGUUGUCUCCUUAGGGUAGGUGACAGUGCCACUUUAGCUAAAUUCCUUGCCAGUGGAGAAUGGAUCAUUCCAGACAGGCGCUGAUGUCUUUUUGUAACUAGUUCUAAUUAACAUUAUGAAGAGAGGCAGGGACAGGAACUCAUUGCACCAUAACCAAGUGACUAUGGUGUUUAGAGCGAUGCAUAUAUUAUUUGCACCAUAACUACUUUACUAAGCUGUAAUAUUAUUUACGAUGAUUGGAGUGUCAUUUUAAAUAUUAUUUCUGGAGCCAUCUGCCAUAUGUUAAGCAAUCGUUAUUGGAAUCAAUUAAAUGUUCCUGAUACUUGCUCCACAUUUAGAGCUUUGUACCUGAAUUGAUCAAUACAAUAAUCCAUUGUACAGAAGUUUUAACUAACUAAAAUAAUUCUGGUGUAACUUAAGCUGUAUGUAACUGACCAGUUUGUAACCAUCAAAAUUCCUGAACCUUUGGCAAGUUCCUACAAAUGAUUGUUCUAGCAGCAAUACCAUUAAAGGUACAAUAUCGCGUUGUGAAUACCAACAUGUAUUCCUAAUGCUAUAGUGUUUUCUUCACUAUUUAGAUAUUCACUCUCAGAUUCAAAGAUCCACUCACUAUUUAUCGCACAGUGUGCUGAUCUUACUUCUGCUGCACUGCUUCCUUGACUGAGAUAAUCAAUAUUGGUGAUCUUAGUAAUACAAUACUUCCCCAUUGGGAGGGUAGUGUGCAUGUGCUGAAAGCACCAAUCAAAUACACUUCAUGAGCAACACUUGAUUGAAUAACAGAGUCUGUUAUUUAGCGGAACCAUCUCUAGUGACUGCCUGGAAGACGGCUAUUAGAGGUGUGUUACCCCUGCAAUUAAAACAUCUCCCUAUCUACUAAACAAUAAUGUUCUACAUUGCAUGGCUAAAAGUGCAGGACCACUGCACCCAAACCACUUCAUUCAGAUGAAGUGGUCUGGUGCCUAUAGUAGUGGUUCUUUGAUCCUGAACUGCUUGCAGCAGAUUGUAUUUAUGUUCACACUACCAAACAUGUUUUUUUUUACUUUCUAUUCUACAGCAAGAGGAAGGAAUCACAGGGAUUUGGAGAUGAUCCUGCAGAGGCCACUACAGGUAUGUUCCAACACAGAUAUUUGGUGUGAAAAUUACAUUCAACUGGAUUAACAGGAUAUAAUGUCUAAAUUUAUUUUUAUAGUGACUGUGGCGAAAUCAUUGGCUAAUUUAGUUAAAGUUCCAUAACCACUUAAGUUAUUUGUAUAGGUUUUAAUGCAAUGUGGUUGCUGUUUUACUUCACUCUUUAAAUUUUAAUUUUAGAGAUUUGAACAAAUGUUUGAAAUGGAAUGUGCACACACAGUAUAUAAGUUCUAAAUAACUUUGUACAUGGGUAUCAGAACUUUCAAUGAGAGCACCUGUACCAAGUUGUUUAAUUUAUUAAAACAAAACAAAUUACGUUAUUUACGUUGACAGAAAAUCCUUACACACUGGCUGGUCCCUGUUUUUUGUUGUGUUUUUUUGUUUCUUUGCAUAAUAAAUUUACAUGCAUUAUCUCCAUAGCCAUUAUAAUACGUACGUAUAUCUUAAAUCGGCACUGUCAUGGCCGAAUUAUAAAGCCUUCCCAUGCCCUGCAAUUUGACUCAGACCACUCUGAUUGGUUGGCUUGGAAUGCAACCAAUCAGAGUGCUAGUCAUUUUACACAGUGUGGGAAAGUUCUUUGGAAUUUUUCCACGCUGUGUAAAAUGACAGAGUAUUCUGAUUGGUUGGAUUUACCUGUCAGUCUCUUCAUUUAACUGUCAGAGCACUUUGAUUGGAUGGCUUAAACCAGCCAAUCAUAGCACUCUGAGCCUUAUUGCAGGGCGUGGGAAGGCUUUAUAAGCCUUUCCCCGCCCUGCCGAGCUCAGUUUGCGCCAUGGGUGAAGAUGGCUUGUUUUUUCUUCUUCGUCUGAUUUUUUUUUUUUUUUUUUGUGUUGGGGUUUAUUUUAUUUUUUACAAGUUCGACGGGUAUUAUGAUUUUUAUUUGGUUUUUUGGGGGGCUUAAAAAUGAAGAUUUUAGAAAAAAUAAGACAUCAAAUGGUAAGUUUUAUUUUUUAUUUUUUUUACAGGCACUUUUUUACAUCUCACUAUUUUUAGAGUGAGGGGGGUAGGUAGGGAUUUAUUAAUUUCCUAUUUAGGUGGGGGAAACUAGGGGCUUGGGGAUCCCUAGUUACUUUUGGGGGGGAGACAUUAUUUAGGGGUAGGUGACAGGGGGAAACGGGGGGGAGGGGAGGACAAUAGAUUGCGUCACCCCCUCAUUGUUAUUAAUGGCCCCCACCCACCACUCAGGGGUGGGGGCCGGGUGGAGGACAACAGGCUCCCCCCAUUGUUAUUUAUGGCCCCCACCCGCCGCUCAGGGGUGGGGGACGCGGAGGAGCACAAUAGGUCGUCGUCCCCCUUAUUAUUAUUUAUGGCCCCCACCUGCCGCUCAGAGGUGUGGGUCGGGGAGGGGCUCUAGGUCCCCCCUUCAGUUUAAUAGCCCCCACUGGUGCGGCACGGGAGUGGAGUACUAGGGUUUUGUUUUUGUGUUUUUUUAACAGUGAGCAGCCACAGGCUACUCACUGUUUACUAGACAUGCCUCUACUUGCGGUAUAGCAAGUAGGGGCAGAUUAUUUACUAAUACUAAGUAAUCUUUACUUAGUAUUCGUAAAUUUGGCUGAAAUUUAGCCUUUUGGUAGAUAGCUCCCUAAUACCGUGGGAAUUAGGGAGUUAUCUACUAAGCGGCUGCAAGAUGCAGCCACGGCUCAAAUAGGAUCGGAGUUUCAUUAAUUCAAAUGAAAUUCCAAUACGAACAAAGUCCCGAAUUGCGUCCAAACAUGAAUGAACAAACUGUUCUCAUUCUGUUAGGACUCAAUUUUGGUAGUUUUGCCGGAGUCCUGUCUAAGUGACAGGACGUUCGGGAAAACUGAAAGGAAGCAUCGCGGGAAGAAGGAGGAAAGCUAAGAAUUGUGGGAAAAUUUCUCUGACCACCGGAAAUGAAGCACACUUUGCUCCUCUGCUGGUCAGAGAUGGUCAGGUGUAGGAAACCUCCAUAAGACAAAUAGUCCCAACAUUCUUCUGUUUUUUUUUUUUUUAUUAAUUUUUUAUUUUUGUUGUGCACAAAAGUAACAGGUAGCCCUGGUGCGCCACAACAGCGAUAUCAGGGUAAGUUGGAAAACGUUUGCAAUACAAGUCGUGACAUACGUUAGUCAGGCACAUUUUUAAGUUAUUAAGAUUCUCACUUAUGUAACAAUAAACAAUACUGAGGCAACGCUUGUAACAGUACAAUAAAUGUUGUAUCAAAAUGCUAAUUCGUAGAUCAAGCUAGUGCGGUUAGACUAUUUCACUGCUGAGUAUGUAGUAACAUGCCAAUCUGCUGUGCCCUAAUUGCAAGUGGAAAUAAAGAGCGUUAAACAUGUUGGUUAAGCCUAGCGUAGUCAUUGUCUAAUAUUCUAUAUAAGUACACAUGCUUGCUGCAGCGUAGGUAGGCUUAGUAACAUAUGAGGCCUUUUUACAUGUAUGCUAUGGCUGCCAGCUGGGCAAUAUAAAGGAUACAGCUUAGUUAUAAUGAUGCAGGCAUGGGAAACUUAAUGCCAGCUAAAAUAAUGUGAAAUUACAUAAUGAAAAAGGACAGAGAAAACUUAGGCUAGCAAGAAUAUGUAAACUUCAGCUGGUGUCAGAGAGGAAUAAACAAGAUAACCUUGUAACAUUAGCCAUGCAGGUUGAGCAUUAUAAAGCUUUUGAACAAGCUUAGUCUAAACAUGGCAGUGUCGCUAGUGUUACAGGCUAGGUUGUCUGAGUAUAUAGAUUAGCAAGUUUACAUGAGGAAGAAUGAGCAUAGUCCAUUCGUGGCUUGAGUUAUGCUUCAGGGUCUGGGUACUCAGCUGGAUUGUGUGCUCUAAACAGUCCAUUCACCCGUGUGAAGCAGUGUGGUAGGCACUUCAUCCUAUGCCCAGCGCUGGUAGGAUCAGCAGGCUGUUGCUAUUCUUCUUAGCGGUCGCAGGGUCCGGUGUCUCCCUUUCGGGUUUGAGCUCCAGGACAUCUCUUCGUGGUGUGCAGGUUCCCCUUCACUUGUGUUGCAGUAUUGGUUGAGGAGUGGCGCUUGGUGCUGUGCUUGUAGCCGGAAUUUAGGUCAGCUAUUUUAGUAGUGUGCGUCGUUGUUGGAUUGGAGAUCUCGGCUUUGCUUGUGGGUGGGUGAGAGCGUGUGUCCGAGAGGCCUGGCGCUGGGUCCUGUCUCGAUGACCUUCGGUAUCGAUUUUGCCUGAUGGCCAUCUUGGAUGCUUGGGGUACCUGUAUGUAGUGCUUGCGUCGCGCUGUUGGUCGCAACCAUGAGGCCACCUUCCGGUCACCUUGGCGGUGAGUUGCUCCCCGGUUUUGCAGUGCUGCCCUGAGACCAGCGUAGGUCCAGUCAAAUAUUGUCAUAGGGGAUAUAUGUGCCCUUGUGCAGGUGCUCCGCCUGCUCGGCUCAGGUUGGUCGGCCAUUUUGGCUGUACCUCUUCGGUCUGUUGCCCCACCAUUUGUUGUGGUUGGUGUGGUCUUGUUCCAUGCUGGUCCGUAUGUGCUUCGGAGACCGGGAUGUCCCCCACCGGUCCAUGGGGGGGGAGGGUAUGCUGAGGUGUAGUAGCUUGUGGGUUCUUGCGCCGAGGGGGGCGGCCGCCUCCCCCCUGCUUCAACCCCCAACGUGGGUAGUGCACCCUCCGAUGCUUGUGGGCUUGUUAGCUGUCGCUUGUACCCGGGUUUCUGCCCGCCGGAUCGGAGCUCGUGGUAGAUGCGACUGCAUGGCUCAGCGGUCAAGCUCCGCCCCCCCCCCAUUCUUAUGGUUUUUUAAAAAAAAACUAGAGCAGACAGGAAGAAAUGAAGAACAGAUCCUGAGAGAGGGAGAGAAGAGGAAUCGAUGAAAGGUAAGUUCGGCAUGACAGUACCACUUUAAAGUAAUCUUUCUAUGACUGUUACAUGGUAUGUCAGUUUUGUAUUCCUAACACUAACUAAUUUUUCUUUAUCUAUAUUAGGAAUUCUACUACAUUGGUUACAAAAGUAACAUUUUGAAAAUUAUAAACAUAUAUUAAUAAUCUCAAAUGUUCAUUUUAAAUCUCCUUGUAGAUAGAAUACACUAAUGUUAGAAUUUAUAGUAAAUUUAACAUUUUAGGCCAGAUUAGCUGAUCUGAAAGCUUAGCUGACUUUUUUUUGCAGAUAAUUUUUUUUUCUACUUAUUUUAAUGUCAAAUUCGAAAUUCAUUUUGUAUUCUCACAUUUGUAAAUAACCCUAUUUUUACAUUGGUGUAUAACCCUGCAUGUUGUUCUGGUUGAGAUAACUUCAAUAGAUAAUUGUGUUGGUUGUAAUUCUACUUAUAAGUAAAUAAUGGUAUCCAUAGCUGAAAAAUAGGGGUCAGUCACCUCUUGGAGUCUCUAUUAAAUAUAUGCAGUCUGGGGCGGAGCCUGACUUUUGAGCUGGUCGGAUGGAUACAGCGUGAACUCCCAUCUGUAUCCCUAAAAUCGGUGUGAUAACACUGGCCUUCAAGCCAAGAACUCACCCUGGGGAACUACCCACGUCGGGAGUGCACCGACAAUCCACUUGAGACUCCAACUGAGUCUGUCACUGCUGGGAGCCUGACGUGCUGCAUCGCGGCCUACUUGAACUGGAGUUGGGAGGAGGCGGCCGCUUCUUACUCCAAUACUCGCCCUGUAGCACUCCUACCUUCCCCCUCUCUGGACCGGCGAGGGUCAUCCGGUCCCUUCUGGCAAGCUGCCGAUUUGCUCAGCUGCUUCUACUGACUGAUAUCAGCCGUUACCAGACAAAGCUGCACGACCAAAGAUGGUCACUCUGACCACUCCAGAGGGGUGCUUACCCCAAUCGGUACAUCACAGCUCCACAGACCUUUGCCUUCAGUGACUGGAGGAGAUAUUCCUGUGUUAUGGGCAAAUGCAAAUAUUGUAUUUCUCAAACUGUGUACUUUGUCGUUAAGAGAUAUUGCAAACUGACAUGGUGUUAGAAAUGGAACGUAUUGUUUUUCAUACAUGUUUCUUUGAACAAUAACCUUUUAGCUGCCGUCAGUGCACAAUAUGUUUAUGCCAUUUUGUCCCAGACGAAAUACAAUAACAAUAAUGCAUAAACAAGCUUCAAGGCUAUGCUACGACUCUUUCAGUACAUAAGAUACUGUGGUAACCCAAAGCAGAUAAAGAUGUUCAGACUUUAAGAUGUCAUCUUGAUCUAAGUCAGGAAAAUUUCCAUGACGUGUACACCCUUUAGUUAUGGCCUUGUAUUUUGCCCAAGUUAAGGGAGGUCCUAAAAUGAAUAAAAGUAAAAGAAGUUACUUUUUCAUAUAUGAACUACGGUGACCCUAAGGUAUAAAUAGGUGUACUUUUAAAUGUUAUGGGACAGGCGCUGCUCCAUCUUAAAAUGACAGAGAGGGUUACAUGUUCAGUAGGGUAUGUUAAUCUAUUAUUGAUAUUUGUAAGCAUUUAGUUUAAUCUUAUAAACUCUGCUAUAACUUAUUGUAAUGGAUUUUAUAUGUCUAUAUUUUUAUAUACCCGUAUAAGCCGAGGCCCCUAAUUUUACCACAAAAAACUGGGAAUACUUAUUGACGCGAGCAUAAGCCUAGGGUGGGAAAUGCAGCAGCUACUGGUAAAUGUCUAAAUAAAAUUAGAUCCCAAUAAAAUUACAUUAAUUGAAUAUUUUAUUUACAGUGUGUGUAUAUAAUUAAUGCAGUUUGUGUGUGUAUAUAAUGAAUGCAGUGUAUGUGUGUGUGUGUUUGUGUGUAUAUAACUAAUGCAGAAUGUGUGUGUUUGUGUGAAUAUAAUAAAUGCAGUGUUUGUGUAUAUAAUACAGUUUGUGUGUGUAUGAAUGCAGUGUGUGUAUAUAAUGCAGGGUGUGUUUGUGUAGUGGGUGUAAACUGGGUGGGGGAGGGCUUUUUUAAUAUAUAUAUUUUUUUAAUAUUUAAUUUUUUAAAAUAUUUAUUAUAUUAUUUCUUCUUAUUUUAAUAUUUAUUUUUUGUCCCCCCUCCCUGCGUGAUACCUGACCAGGGAGGGGGGCUAUCUCAAUCCCUGGUGGUCCAGUGGCAUGGGCUGUGCAGUGGGGGAGCCGGCAGCAAGCGUUUACUUACCUUUGCAGCAACUCUGUUCACCUCCAUUCCGUUCAGCUUCCAAGUAAAUCUCGCAGUGUGCGUGCCGCGCAGAGCGUUACCACGGUAACCCGUGGCAACGCUCUGACGGCCACGGGUCUCGCGAGAUUUACAUGGAAGCUGAACGGAACGGAGCUGCUGCAAAGGUAAGUAAGCGCUUGCUGCUGGCUCCCAACAGAACUGUCGGGCUUGUAAUGAGCCCGGCGGUCCUGGUCUGUAUUAUGGCAAUGUAAAUUGCCAUAAUCCAGACCGUGAAUAGAGUAUAAGCCGAGGGGGGCUUUUUCAGCACAAAAAAUGUGCUGAAAAACUCAGCUUAUACUCGAGUAUUUACGGUAUAUAAUAAAUAUCUAAAAAGACAAAACUUUAUUGCUUCCAAGACAAUCCUUAUUUUAUAUUGUAUUCUCAAUUAUUGAAAUAUUUUAAAUAGAGGAUCUCUUACUAACUAUAUACAAUUAUGGCUAAGAUAUUUGUAUGGUUAGCCCUGUUAAGUUCUAUGCUUUAAGACGUUAUAGUGGUAAAUAAGGGAACAAGCUGCGGUUACACCGGUGCGUCUGGGCGACAUUACAGCAGCGAGGUGAGGCUUCCCAGAAGUCGCCUCUGGAUGGAAAACAGAGAAAGGAACAGUCUCUACCGGGUGGCGAUCCCAGGCAGCCUUCACCUCUGCUUCUUCUACACCAGUUUAAGAGGAGAAAGAGCUUGGUGCCGCGGAGGAGGCACCCCAUUGCUCAGGCCCUCACCUUUGCUGCAACUCGCACUGAUCCCAGCCACGUGACCACACACAACACUGCAACAACCUGCAGGUCAGUGGCCUAUUACUCAUGUUACCAGCUGCGUGGGAAUCCCGACUGUUGGAAAUGACGGGUGGCUGAGAGCCGACAUGCCAUCCUGUGGAGAACCACCUCCAUUCUCUGCAUGCUUAAGAGCCAGUGGUUCUUCUAUAACCGGCAUCUCUCCACAGUACUAUGCCAUAGCAUGUUUAUUUCCCUCCCUGAUUCUUCAACAUAGCACUGUGUUCCUGAUAUUUUCUCCUAUUUACUAGAAAAAGUGCAGUACUCAAGGCUCAUGUCAUCUCCAUCUUUUGGUCAAUGUCUGAGUAUACUUGUUUGUUAAGCAAUGCACUAAAAAAAUUAAGAAUUUACAAAAUAUAUAUGCAGUCAUUAUUUUAUAUAUCAUCUUAAAAUUAAAUACCUCCUUUUUCCAAGCAAAUGAUUUAAGUGCGGCUCUUCUUCCUGUCCUCAAAUUCUCUUCUUUUUUCCCCCUACAUUUAACGACCGUACCAAAAGUGAUAUUCUUCAUUCAUGGGGACAGGUAACCUGCAGAAUUAAAUGUUUAAAAAUAGGUCCCAUCCCCUCUCAAACCACUUAAAUACUUUAGUCUGAGAAAGCCUGUCUUACUCAAGCCUCCCGGAGGUGGGACGGACAAGUAGCCUUUUUGUCUUCCAGGAGCAAGCAGCAUAGCACGGGUUGCUGAAGGAGUUAACUGAGCUAUCCAGGCAAUAGCCUCAGCUCCAGGGUGAAGUCCUCUGACCGGGCAGGCAUAUGUUCUACUGUGGAUAUGUUGCCCUACUGCACAUGCACAAACAAAGCCAAAUUUGAAUUUCAGCACAGUGUCCCCAGAGAUACGAGAAAAGAUUGGUGCAGGUCCACCACAUCCUAACAAAAGCCACACAGAAGUCUAAACAUUUAGUAUGUGCAGUCUUUGCUAUACGUCUACGGUUGCAAAAAUAAAUAUUGUAAUCCAUGCUCAGAGGAAUUGCUUGAAAAAUCUAAGCAAAAAGAAAUGUACUCAUUCAUAGCUUGGUUCCAAGAUAAUUUACAUCAGAUCUUUGCUGAAUUUAAAGAGAGAGCAACACAAAGUUCUACUGAAUUUAGAAGUAAUGUUAGAGAUUAAAAGGCCAACAGAUCUCCUUUUUCCUCUGAAUUGUUCUCUGGGGAGUGUUCAAGGAGCUCAGUCGUCUCAGACUCUGUAAGCAAAGAUUCAGAUGAAGAAACGGGUUUAAGGAGGUCUCUAAAACAUUUAAAUUGCAGAAUAUUCAGGUGAUAAGGUAUAAGGGUUUUCCAAUGAAGGGAAAAUACUUGGAGAUAAGAGAAUGGAAACUUCCAGAGAAACAUUCAUUUAUUACUAUGCAAAUUAAGACUCUCUUGAAAUUGCAGAAGGCUGACACUUGGAAAAGUCUUCUAAAGGUACCUAUAGCACAAUUGACUAGGAAAACUACUAUUCGUAUUGGGGAAGUAGCAGCCCUAAAAAAUAUAAAACGGAAAAAACGUGUAAAAAAAAACCCAAAAAACUCCUGUAGAAGACUCUUCCAGACAGCAGAUUUCUAGAGCAAACCUCUACUAACAGUUAAUGGGGAAAUAAAUGCAUGGCUUCAAGCCCUAAGGACUCCUUAAAGGGACACUAUAGUCUCCAGAACAAUUACAGUUUAUUGCAUUUGUUCUGGUGAGCAGAAUCAUUACCUUCAGGCUUCUUGCAGUAAACACUCUUUUCAGAGAAAAUGCAGUUUUUCCAUUACAGCCUAGUGAUAACUCAACUAGCCACUCCUUAGAUGGCUGCUAGUGGUGCUUCCUUAAGCAGUCCUGCAGAGUAAGCAUCACAACAUUCAGUGUCUCCACCCUCUGCAUGCAGACACUGAACUUUCCACAUAGAGAUGCAUUGAUUCAAUUAAUAUCUAUGAGAAGAUACUGAUUCGUCAGGGCUGUGUUUGACUUGUGCUGGCUCAUCCCCUAAUCUGCCUCCUUGACAGUCUCAGCCAAUCCUUUGGGGAAGCAUUGUGAUUGUCUCACACUACCACUUCUGAUGAGGUCAGCAGGCAGCAGACCGUUUCACAGGCAAACAGGGCAGAGAUAUCAGCUGCAGACUUGAAUACAAGUAAGAUUUUACUAUAUUUAGGGAGGCAAGAGGGGGUCAGGGGAGCUAGAUGGUGGUUUUAACACUAUAGGGUCAGAAAUAUGUUUUUGUUCCUGACCCUAUAGCUCCUUUAACAGGGGAGUCUAAGGAAGGCCCAGUAUAUCUGCUAUGAAAUAUCAAACUGGCUUACGUUCUUAACCGAAAUGAUGGAAGACUCCAUUAACCCCUUAAGGACCAAAUUUCUGGAAGUUUCAUGUCAUGUGUCCUUAAGGGGUUAAACUAGGAGCAAGAACCAUGGGCUUCACGUAAGUAGCCAGUGAACAAACUGACUAGAAUCCUGGCAGGCAGAUUUAGUCUUUUCUUCUUUCCUCCAAGCUAUACAUGUUAAGAUCCUUUAACCUUUCCUGGUAAGUUUUAUCCUGCAAUCCAUGAACCAGAGAGACAAGGCUUUUCGGAUCUGCUUUGAGAGAGACAUGGCUUUCGGAUCUGCUUAGAAUGACUGAAUUAAACAAAUGUCAGACACAAAUAAGACUUUACCUCAGGGGAAAGAAAUGAGAUGGAACAAGAAACUACUCCUAUACUUCUAUAAGGAAGGAAGAUUUUGCCCCUUUUGUAAACAGACCAAAUCUAGAACUCCGACAAGAGCAUAUCAGGCAGAAACGACAAGAGGAGGAAAUAAUAAUGCCACUGGAAAAGUGGGGGGCAGAUUACAAAUGUUUUUUUUUUUUUUUUUAAAUUUCUUUUAUUCAAGGAAUUUUCAUUUUAUGCAGAAAGAGAGAGAAGAAAAAAAAAACACAUUGUCGCGGACACGCAGGUCCAAUAAAGGCUUUCCCAGUUCAUGUCUCAGACAUGAGAUAGUUAUUGUGAACGACAUAGUGACAUGCAAGUCAUCAACCAGUUUAAAGACGUAUACUAGUUGGGCUCAUGGGUCCUAUAAACCUUUGUGUGGAUGGGGUUUUCCCUCUCUCGUACGGUUGUUGUGGCUAUAGUAUAUCACCCAGUGUGACAAAGGUGGUUGAUGUCUUGUGUCUAGGCAGGUGGUGUGUUUUGACCAACCGUAUGGGGGAGAAAUCGGGUGUUGUGUGUGCCUUGCGCGUUCAGUUCUCAGAUCUUUGGUGACAGUGGGGUAUACCCCUGUUGAUCUGGCUGGGGUGGCGGUGGUUUGUACCGUCAUUAACUCCCGCCUUUGGCUUGAGUGCAAAGUUAGGCUUGUUUCUCCUUGUCUUAUCCUUAACUGUGAACCCCUGUCCCUUUUCCUGUUUUUCUUGUCUGCUUCUCUUUGUCUCCUUCAUUCUGGACUUCCUUACACCUUUCCCUUUCCUUUCCCUUCCUUCUUUUUCUCUCUUUUUACUCUUGGCUUUCCCCUUCUUGUUCUUUUCCUUCCCCCUUUGCUACCCUUAUCUUCCCCCUCUGUUCCCUUCUUUGCUUAGGGGGUGCCCCUCCGUCUGGAGCCUCUAUGUCUUAUGAACUUCUCUACUUUGUCGCCUUCCCGUCCGCGGGUUCCCCCAGGGGGGGCCAGUGGGAGGGGGGGGAUUGGUGAGGGGAGAGGGGAGGGGGUGUUUUAUUUAUUAUGAUGUUGAUUCUGGUGAUUUCCCUGUUUGUUUGUGUAGUCACUCCCUCCGUCAAGGUGGUCGUUUGUCUCUUCAGGUGUCUGCAGUCAUGUCAGCAGGUCCUGGAAGUCAGCGUUAGUCGAGGUCAGUAUCCAGUGUGUCCAGAUCGUCAUGUACGUCUGGGUCCUCCCCUCUGCCAGCAGGGAGAGCUCUUCCAGAGCUCUCAGCUCCUCCAUUUUUUGGUACCACGUCCCCAGCGGGGGCGCGCAUUGUUUUUUCCAGUAGAGGGGGAUUAGGCUUUUGGCUACAUUAAGUAUCCGUAUUGUUAAGGAUUUUUUAUAUGUUGAUGCUUUCAUCUUGGUGUGGUGGAUGAGGAAUGUUGCGGGGUUCAUGGGUGGUGGGGAGUCUGUGAAUCUUUUGAUGAUCGUGUGGAUGGUUGCCCAGUAUGGUUGGAUGAUUGGACAUUCCCACCAUAUGUGGAGGUAUGUUCCCUUGUGCGUGUUGCACCUCCAGCAUACGUCGUCCUUCGUGGGGUCGUAUAGGUGUGUGUGGAGUGGGGUGCGGUACCAAAGGGCCAGUAUUUUAUAUGCUGUUUCUUGUGUUCCGCUAGAUGGUGCGCAGUGUAGUGAGAGGGUGCAAAUUUUGUCCCAUUGGUUGGGUGUGAAUGUAGUGCCUAAAAAUGUUUCCCAUUUCCCCAUGAAGCUUGGGGGUGGCAGCCUCCUCAACCGCAUGAUCAUUCCAUAGAGCGUUGACAGGCCCCUCGGCAACGGGUCCGGGUCCAUGCAUAUCUCUUCAAACGUUGUUAAGGGUCUGAGAGUGUGAUUGUUUCGGGUGGUUUCUUGUAUGAGCCCUUUUAGUUGUCGGUGUCUGAAUUGGAGCAUGAAUGGGUGAUUGGAGUUCCCCGUCAUGGUCUCUAGUGAUUUGAUGCGGCCGUUGUCUAUGGCAUGGAAAAGCCUCGGCAUGUCUUGUCCCAGCAGCUGGACCAACGUUCUUGGUUCUCUUCCUGGCGGGAAGACCUCAUUAUGGAUUAGAGGCAUCAUUGGGGAUGGCGUGGAGGUGAGCGAGAGUGGCACCGCCAGAGCUUGCCAAACCCGUACGGUCGCUUUGAUUAGGGGGUGUGGAGCAGCUAGCUGCCUACUUUGUUGGGGGUCCAGCCAAGGGAGGACUGCCAUCGGUCUCUCCACCAGGGAAGACUCCACAUCUUUCCAGAGUUUCUCCACUCCCUGUUUAGACCACUCCACUAUCCUUUGGAUGUGUGUGGCUCUAUGGUAUCUCUUAAAAUCUGGCAGAGCUAGGCCUCCCUUGACCUUCGGUAGUGUGAGCACGUCGUGUUGUAUCCUGGCCUUCUGUCUCUGCCAUGUGAACCGGAGGGCCAUCGAUCUAAGGGAGGUAAAAAAUGCCUCCGGUAUGGUCGCGGGGAUAGCUUGAAACAGGUAGAGGAUCCUCGGUAGGAUGUUCAUCUUGAGCACUCCCACUCUUCCAAACCAUGAGAGGCGCACCUGGUCCCAUUCCUGCAAGUCCUUCUGUAUAGUGGUCAGGAGUGGUUGGAAAUUCGCUGCGUACAAUUGGGCGAGGUCGUUUGUUAGCACCGCACCGAGGUAUUUUAGGGAGGUGGCCGACCAUUGGAAUGGCAGCGCUCGUUUGAGGGCCGUCGCUCUGGACUUCGAGACGGAGACGUUGAGGAUCGUGGAUUUGGAAAAAUUGAUUUUAAAGUUCGAGAGCUCCCCGUAUUGUUCGAAUUCCUUCAUUAUCGUGGGCAUGGAUGUUUCCGGCUUAGUUACGAAGAACAGUAGGUCGUCCGCAUAUGCUGCCACUGCGUGUUUCCCAGCUCCUGUCUUCAAUCCCGGGAUAUCCGGGUUGUUUCGGAUCGAGUUCAGGAAUGGUUCCAGGGCUAGCACAAAGAGCAGGGGGGAGAGGGGGCAGCCCUGUCUGGUUCCAUUCCUGAUCACGAAGGGGUCUGUGAAGGCUCCAUUUAUGCAGAUCCGUGCUGUUGGAUGUGAGUACAGGGCCCUGAUCCAGGACAUCAUGUGAGGCCCCAUCCCCAGUUUGUCGAGGACCUGGAACAUGAAGUCCCAUGCAAUCCUGUCGAAGGCCUUCUCCGCGUCCGUGGAGAGCAGGAGAAGGCCCUCCUGUCUAGUUUUUGCGAGGUGGAUCAGGGAAAGCGCUCUGAUCGUGUUAUCGCGCGCUUCUCGGUGCGGGGUAAAUCCCACCUGGUCCUUAUGAAUCAAGUUCGGGAGGUGGGCCUGCAGUCUCUGUGCGAGUAUCUUCGUAAAUAGCUUCAAGUCGUUAUUUAACAGUGAGAUGGGGCGAUAGUUCGCACAAUGUUCAGGAUCUUUCCCGUCUUUAGGAAUUAGGAUGAUGUUGGCCGCCAGGGUCUGUGUUGGGAAUAUCUGCCCGUCUCGGAUCGCAUUGAGUGCCGUCGUGAGGCGUGGAACGAGAAGUUCCGCAAAGGUUUUGUAGUAGCGUGCUGGUAAGCCGUCCGGUCCGGGGCUCUUGCCCGUCUUGGCCGUUUUGAGAGCCCAUGCUACCUCGUGCGUCUCGAUCGGUUCGUCUAGCUCUGUACUUGCCUCCUGUGAGAUGCAGUUGCCGAUGCGCGGUUCUAGGUAGUCUGUUAUCCGCUUCUUCCUUUCUGUGUCCGCUCCCUGUCCCCUGGGCGGGUCGAGGGAAUAGAGGUCCGCAUAGUACGCCCUAAUGGUGUUGGCCAUCUCGGUCGGCAUACUGUGUAGCUUCCCCUCUCUGUCUCUGAUCCCCGGGAUGUAGGCCGCUGCUCUCUUUUUGGUGAUCAUGCGGGCAAGGAGGGCACCACAUUUGUUAGCAUUGGUGUAAAAGAACGCUUUGGAGUGUAAGUAUGCUCUAUGGUGAUUGGCAUUCAGGAUAGAGGAGAGUUCCCUCCUGAGUACUGUUAGCUGUGUCCAGUCUGCUAUCAGGUGGGUUUGUUUGUGUCUACAUUCCAAAGUCUGUAUGUCCUGAAUUAUUGUUUUAAGUCUGGCAGAUUUAGCUUUUUUAAGCGCGGCGCUUUUCGCUAUGAAGUGGCCUCUCAUUACGCUUUUAUGAGCCUCCCAUAGGCAUAGGGGCGUGACCUCAGACGUAUCGUUUUCUGUAAAGUAUUGCGUAAGUCUUUCCCUGGCUUCUGUCGUCACUGUAAUGUCGUUUAAGAUCGAUUCGUUCAGUCUCCAGUUACUGCAGGUGGGCCUAUAGAGUGGGGAGGUUAGUGUCAUCGUAAUUGGAGCAUGGUCUGACCAUGUCGCUGUUCCAAUGUCCGUUCGUCGAACCUCAAUCAGGUGGUAAUGUGGAAUUAGGAAAUAGUCUAUUCUAGAGUACGUUUUGUGGGGGAUAGAGUAAAAAGUGUAGUCUCGGUCUUCAGGGUGUAAAGCUCUCCAGCAGUCUACCAGACGCUUCUCUCGCAGCGUUUUUGAUAUGUUUGUUAAGAUAUGCUGGGGUGUCGUAGAGAGGCCUAUGGAUGUGUCUAUGGUCGGCGUCAGGGCCACAUUGAGGUCCCCUCCAACGACCAGACAGCCCUCCGCGAAGCCCUCUAUUGUUCUAAGUGCUGUGCGUAAAAAUUGGUGUUGGCGUUUAUUGGGGGUAUAUAGGUUUGCGAACGUGUAUGUGCGGCCUGCAAUUGUGCCUUUGACACAUAUAUACCGUCCGUGGCUGUCUCGCAGUGUGUCAGUAGGGGCAAAAUGUAGCGAUCUAUGGAUCAGGAUUGCUGUGCCUUUGGACUUUCCCUCUGGGUUAUUACUCAGGAAACAUUGUGCGUAAUGUUUGUCCGUCAGUCUGGGCACGUGGCCCUCUUUAAAGUGUGUCUCCUGAAUGAAGACUACCUGUGACUUUUGACUGUGGAAGUGACGUAGGGCAUGCGAGCGUUUUUCGGGUAUGUUCAUGCCUUUAGCGUUGAUGGAGAGGAAUUUAAUCUCCGCUUGUUUGUGUGUGUUGUGGCGUGGCAUGUUUGCUAUGUUUCAGGAGAAUCAGGGUAUGGUGGGGAGGGUUGGGGAGUGUGGGUGGGCACUAGAGGGUUUGGUUUACUCCUCAAGUGUGGGUCUGAAGUCGGGGGUGGGUCCCCCUGGGUCCCGCGGGCAGGCGCGGCUUUCAACAAAUAGUAACAAAUGUAACAGUAAUAAACAACAAUAAUAAACUGUGUCGGUUUUCCAAAAAAAAAGACUAGGGUGUGGGCUAGGUAGGAGUCAGCUGUGCAGCACCUGUCGGCACCGCUGAGUCCUCCCGCCGGUAUCUUGGUGCCCCUGUCUACCGGGGACGUGGCCCUCUAACUCCCUCACCCCGUAGGGCCAAUAGUGGUGGAUCCUUCUCCUUUCUGGGUCUCCAUUGUCCCCCGACCCCCUCUGCUCGGAAGCUAUAUAAUCAGUACAGGUGGAGCUGGCAGCCCCUGGGCCCAGCCCAUCCCGGCCCUUUCCCUAUCUCCCAGGUGUGUGUUCGAGUGCGUGCUCGUUUGGUUGGCUUUACCCUGCUAGUCUCUCCCCUGUGCCCCUAGGUCUCCUUUGCCGGGUGGUGAGUUAUGUUGCCGUGUUGUAGCUUGUAGGUUUGUGGCUUAAGGUCUAUAACUAGCUGGCCUUGCACCUCCCAUUUCGUGUCCCUCCCCUUGCCGUGGUGUUCUGGGGGUCCAGUUGGCAUUGGGGGCCUGUCCCUUCUCCUAGUACUAGCCCUCCCUGGUGACCUCCGCUCCCUCUCUCUGUUGGUCUCUCUCUCUGUUGGUCUGGAGUGAGCCUUUGUUCAGCCUCAGCCUCCCCUUUCCCAAAUCCCCCCACCCAAACAGGAAAGAGGGAAACCGAGAAAAGAAAAGACCCCCCUGGAGGAAGGGGAAAGCAGAGAGGAAGGGCAAAACAACCCCAUACGUCUUCCCCCCCAGUAUACCCAGAGUCCCCAGUGUUUCUUUCGUGGGUUCCUCGAUUGUACUUGCAAUAAUGUCUCGUCUGCCCACUUCUGAUGAUCCCCCCACCCUCCCAUGGCACGUGGGUGCCUGAGUGUUUUAACGGCUAAGUGUGUGGCCCAUGUGUGGUGUAGGCCUGCGUGCAGAGUGUCCCAUUGCAUAGUUACGAGUUCCAUGCGUGGCUCCUGUCUUGUUUGUCCGUUAACGUGUUGCCCCUGCUGGCCUCACGGUCUCCAGUCUUGUUCGGUGUCUGCGCUGUGUCGGUGCAGGUUCCCCCUGGGGUGUAGGUGGGCUGUUGUAGAAAUCCAAUGGAUCUGGCCAGGUCAUAUUAAGGGGUGGCAAGUGGAGAUCUUCUGACAAUUCCUGUAGGUCCUGUGGGGUGUGGAUCGGUCUAGGGCCGUUUUGGGUGGUGGCGAUCAGGCCUGUGGGGAAUGUCCAGCGGUAUCUAAUUUUCUGGGCCACUAGCAUUCUGGUGAGCGGUUUUAGUGCCCUGCGAUAUCCCAAGGUAGCUGGGCAUAGGUCCGGGUACAGUUGGAGAUGUGAGCCUUCAUGGGUGAUUUCUCCCUUGUUGCGUGCUGCAUACAGAAUUUCCUCCUUCAAGGCGUAUAGUGCUAGGCAGCAGAUCACGUCCCUAGGUGGAGCCUCUGGUGGGCCCCUGGGUCUCAGUGCUCUAUGGGCUCUGAUGAACUCUAUGGGGGUCUCUCUGGGGCGGCUCAGGAGCUCGUUGAAGAUGGCGGUGAGUGUGACUUUAAGCUGGGCGGGUGAGUCUUCACCUUCUUGUAGGACUCUUACUCGUAGGUUCUGUUCAAGCUCCUAAGAAAGGGAGUUAUAGAAAAUGUACCAGUCAGAGAGGAAUUCGGAAAUAUUCUACAACAAGGAAACAUUAUGGCCUCUUUAGACCUAAAAGACGUCUUAUCAUGAACAGUAUAUAAAGAAAAUUCCUGAGAUUUGUUAUGUCAGGUCGCAGGAUACUACACUACCAAUUCAAGGCACUACCAUUUUGUCUGCCAAUAAUAUUUACGAAAAUCCUACUACCAUUAGUCGCCUAACACAGGCAACAGGUGGUCGACCCUAAUCCUAUAUCUAGGCGAUUGGCUCUUAACAGCAAACUCAUACAGGAACAUUCGACUAACAAUCCAUACUCUCAAGGCUCAUGGCUGGGUCAUAACUGGGAAAAAAAUCUGAGCUCUCCCCUGCAUCCAGAAUUACAUUUCUGGUAAUGGAAAUACUCGAGAAAUAAAGAUAGAUCUACAAUGUCAGAAACAAAGUAAAAAAAAACAUUCCAGAGUUUAUAAAGCAGCCUAUCUGCUCUAUAAGAAGCGCUAUGAGCAUUCUGGGCCUACUAACCUCGACUAUACCACCUGUAAAAUCCAAUAUGUAGAAAAAGGUGGACUCUUAAAAUAAUUAUUCUGCUUAAUACUUAUUCAUAUGUAUUUAAAUUAGUCUUUCUUAUGGUUGGGUGGCUCGCCUUGUAUCAUGCAUAUUAUAUUUCUUCUGUGUCACUUAAAAAUAUAACGCAAUCAGACUUUCCUGGUUUUUUUUAUUAAAAGAGAUUUAUUCAUCUUGCUUUGCAAAUACAAAGUCAGUACUUACAAUGUCAUGUUAAAUAGGUCAACAGCAGAUGGUACAUGCUGGACAUUCAGAGUGGGAAGACACUCUGCCCUUGAUAUUCUCCUAGACACUCCCUUACACAGAUAAUACAUUCUACAAAUAUACCACCAAAAUGGCUGUGUAGGCAUUACAAGUCAAUGCUUUUGAUACAAUAUGCUUGUUGGCAUUAGGUCAUCCUAUGUUCCAUGGACACUCAGAAAUAGAGAAGAGCUUGCAACACUUAUUGUCAUCUGUUCAUGUCACUCAAGAUCAACCACACAUCAGUGUUAAAUGUAUGUAAGAAACAUUUCCAAAAUAUAGAAUAUUUUACAAUGGGCAAUAGCAAGAAUAAGACCACUGCAAGCAGAAAUUUUACAAGCUUGGUCAAAAGAUCAAGAACCUGGACACAAGCAUGACAAUAUCACCAGAUGCUGUUACUUCUAAACUUGUGGAAGGAGUCCAGUUUCAUUACAGCAUGUCUACCCAUCACACUGAAACACUGGAUCUCAAUCACAACAGAUGCCUUAAACCUGGGAUGGGGUGCCCAUAUGGACUCUCACAUGAGAAAAUGAAAAUGGAAUUCCAGAAUAUGCUGAAAAGCAUCAAACUUCAGAGAACUUCUGAUAUGAAAUACAUCACAAAUCUGUAGUAAUUGCUGAGAUUCACUAACAUCACAACAGUAAGGAGGUCCAAGAAGAAAAACAAAUCUUUCUCUGGGCAGGAAGAAAUAUCUUGGACAUUACAGACAUUCAUUUCAGAGAAAUAGACAACUUUCUGGAAGUUGAUUUGAGCAGAGGAAAAUGGAGACAGUUGUCCCUUAGCAGCGAAGUAAUCGACAUGAUCAUAGAGAUUUGGCGUGCCAGAAAAAGAUUGGAUGGUCAGCAGAUGAAACUGGAAACUAAAGAUUUGCGUCCCUACACAAAUAAAAAUUUUCAGACUCCCUGGAUUCUUUCUCCGUAACAUGGAAUUUCAGACUGGGAUAUGUGUUUCCACCGAUUGCAGUCAUCCCGAUUAUCCUCAGAAAGAUCUGCCACAAGAGCUUGGAUAGUGGCCAUAAUCCCCUAUUGGACAAACAGAUGCUGGUUCUCGUAACUCCUACAAAUGGGAGGAGACAGGGUCUGGCAGCUUCCCAUAGGUCCUCGGCUAUUGGACAACAAGGAGAUUCCACUAGAAACGCUGCUAAUGUUCAAGAUCAUGGCAUGGUUUCUGCAUUGGUGAUUCUAGAAAGAAAAAACCUUUCUAAGGAAGAAUUAUAGUAAUUCUUAAUUAAACAAGAAAAUCCACAUUUAAGAUUUAUUUGCAGAUAUAGAAUAAAUACCUCCUGUGGUGCAGUACAGAGGUUUAUAAUGGUUUGAUUCCUACCUCUCUGUAUAUUUUAAAAUCUGGUUUCAAAAAAGGUUGAAGCGUCUCCACUCCAAGUGCACAUAUCAGGUCUCAUAUUCUGCUUCAAGAUCUCGCUUCUCACAUCCUCAUAAGGAAAUUAGUUAAUGCCGUUUGACAUUUGUGCCCUCCACAAAAAAGUGUUUUUCCAACUUUAGUUGGCAUUAUCAAGUUACCACUAAAGUUCUUAUCAGUUAAAGUCGCCUUCUUAUUUGCAGUCAGUUCAGCCAAGAGAGUGGGGGAGAUUCAAGCUUUAUUGAAACGAUGAGCAAUACGCCAUUUUUCCAUCAAGACAAAGUGAUCCUGCAUUUUGAACCUGUUUUUCUCCCCCAAGUCCUAAGCAAGGAGAACAUUAACCAGACAAUUAUCCUACAUUCAUUUUAUUUAAAUCCAUCUUCACCAAAGAAAUUCAAACUUCACUCCUUGAAUGUUAAAAGGGCUGUUCAAACUUACCUUUUUAUCAAUUUCAAAGGACAAACAAAGGGUAAUGCAGCAUCUAGGGCCACUAUUGCCUAUUGGUUUAAGGGAGCAUCAGAGGAGAAGAGAACAAAAAGUUGGUAGAAUGGGGUAGGGAGUAGAAUGGAAUUAAGAAUACUUCCCCACUAAUCUGAAACUCUGAUGUUGCCCAUACGCACACCAGUUCAGUACACAGUACGUUAUCUGACAUAUAAUAACACCCGGCUUCAGCAACAGUAACAGAUGCAAGGGAGCUGGGAAAUCCAUGCAGAGUGAUCCAAGCAAACUUCCUCUGCGCCUCACACCGCAGUCACUUCAAACCGUCUCCGUGCAGGCACAUGCCGUUCGUCACCCCAUCGCGUAAAGGGCCUGAGGCAGGUACCUGAUCUGACGGGAAGGUGUGUAGUGGUUGUGGUGCUCUGCGUUUCCUUUUAUUGUGUUAAAACAAUAAAACCACAGCUGUUACACCACUUUUGUGUAAUUUCUCCUUUUUUAACAUAGUGAAAAAUAACUUGUGAAUUGCCUAAGCAUAAAAUGUUGAUCACUUAAUUAUUGAACUAGAAUCUUCAUGGAUUGUCCCUAAAGUGAAAUACUAUUAUACUUCAUGUACAGUUCAACUCAAAACCACUAUAGAGUUAUACUUUAGUUAAAGUUUGGUGAUAUUUCACAUUCUGGAUAUUCCAUAAGGAAUUUUAGUUUAUUCAUAAGUGCUCUGCAGUUUAAUCUAAUGGUGUUCGCUUACUACAUUGCUUACUUAGUAUAAUUUGUGAGUGAAGGAUUAGAGCCUGUGCAUUUAUAAAGCUGCUGAACUGGCUUUAUCACAGUGAGUCUAUAAACGUUACUAAAGAUGUCUGUGGCUGCACACUCCAUACAAGAACUUGUCAGGAGAAUUCAAAAAUCUUUUCUUUGCCUUUUCCUGAGUGGAGAUUGAUGUGAAAAGGAAAAAAACAUUUUAAGGGGAUUCUAUAGGCUCCCAGACCACUUCAGCUCAUUCAAGUGGUCUGUGUACAAUGUCCCUACUGCAUUUAGUCCUGCAGUGACAGCCACUAGAGUCGCUUCCUGAAUGUUAACAGACUUUUGGUCCAGUAACUGAUGCUGGACAUCAUCGCGCUGUGCACGAGGACAUCCAGCAUCAGCUAUUUUCCUAUGAAGAUCGCCUAAUACGUGCGCAGCACUUGCCGUACAUGCGCAUUAGCACCCUCUCAACAAGCAACGCUGGAGGAGGUGGAGCCAUAACCCAGUGCCGAGGGACACCGGAGCUGGAAUCAGUUAAGUAAAUAAAGGGCUUUUAAACCUUUAUUCGCCGACGCAGUGGGGAACGGAGUUGGCAGAGAGAGCUAUAGUGCCAGGAAUACGGAUUUGUAUUCCUGGCACUAUAGCAUCCCUUUAAUGAUAGCAUGAGGCUGCAACAUAAAACAAAAUGAAGGGUUUGAAUAUUUUCUGAAUGUACUGCAGUUUUCUUCUAAAUAUAAUAUAUUAUAGUUCAUAUUUGACAGGUUCACUUACAGAAUGGGCUCUUUUUAGUGAUCCUUCUCUGCUAUAUAUCUUUGCAAAUAGCCUGUUGAUAGUGCAUUAAGGCGAUGUUCCACAGAUAAGUCGUUAGCAUGCUUAGAGUAAUCCUAUUGUUGAAAUAUCCCAUCUCUACUCAGCUGUCAGGAUGAAUUUAGACAUGGUCACUUGCUUACUUUGUUAUGCAUGGUAAUCUACUGGUAGUAACAGCUUUUUCUAAAGUUAUUUCGGACUAGAAAUAAAGACAAACUUUUAAGCAGAGUUUGUCAGAUUGCCUUAUAAUACACAGUACAGGCAGAAAGUAUCUUUGAAGAUGAAUACAACUUCUAUGCUGUUUGACCUUUAAAACUAAUGUUGCCACAUCAAUAAUUUAGAAUUAAAUUAACAUGUCAGAGUUAUUGCCAUUCACUAUCUCCUUUUGGCACAGACUGAAACCUAGCUCUCACCUUCUGACACUGCUAUCCUUGCAACUCUAUCCUAUGGUGAAUUGCACUUCUCUCAUUCUCCUAGGCCUUUUAAUGCUGUGUGUGUUGGUGUAUGGUUUUUUCUCUCCCCUCAUUGUUUCUUUCCACCUUUGCCCCCUUGUUCUUCUCUCUUCUUUUACUCUUUUGAAGUCCACUCCAUCUGUCUCUGCAAUCCUCUCAGUCUACGUUGCUGUUAUCUACUGUCCCCCAAGCGCUCCUCUACUUUUCCUUACUUUGUUUUCUCUGACAUUUCCUUCCCUCAUUUUUGAUGAUUUCAGAAUCCCUAUUAACCAACACAACAAUUCAGUAGCCUCUAGAUUUCUCUCACCUUCUCCUUUUGGCCUUACCCCAUGGGCUAACUUUUCUACCCAACAUUAGCCAGCAGCCAUCUUCUAACCUGUACUGUCAAUAUGCCCCUUGCUAAACGUCUUAAAUCUAGCUCAUCUUGGACUAUUAGAAAUCUAAGCUCCUUAGAUCUGCAUUGUUUCUCUUCCUCUCUCCAGUCUCAAUUUUCUUCUCAUUAGCUACUUCAAACUACAUAUCUGUCCUGCUUCUCUACCUACUGCUUGUCUUUUCAGCGCACCACUUUUACUAGCUUAUUUUAACACAGGCAUCAUAUCUAUAUAUCUUUGCUCCCCUCUAACAUGCUUUUACAUCUCUUGUUUUUUUUGUUUGUUUUUUUACCUCUUCCUCAUUGUAAGCUUUAAGGACACAUGACAUGUGUGACAUGUCACGAUUCCCUUUUAUUCCAGAAGUUUGGACCUUAAGGGGUUAAGCAGGACUUUCUUCACCCAUUGUCUGUUAUAUUCUGUAUGUCAAUUACUUGUCAAAUCUCCCCAUUCUAUAAGCGCUAUAUAAAUGCUAAUAACAAUGUAGACUAGAGUAUUCAAUUGCACCUCUUGUGGAAAAAAGGCAUAGUGUCUUCUUUAUUUGCAACUAUACAUUGUCAUAGCUAUUUAUAGAAAAAUAUAUACUUAUAUCAGAGGUGUAAAAAGCUCUAACUGGCAAUUCAGCAUUGGAGUUGUAGUUGCUUUAUCGUAUGCUUUGCCUUGUCCAUUAUUGGAUAUUAUGCUUUUAUAGGGGAACUGUCACUUCAAACUUACAUCAUUGAAUAGAACAACUCACCUAUUACUUGUGUUAAGGGACUCUAUAGGCACCAUCUCAUUGAAGUGGUCUGGGUUUAGUGCCUCUGAGAAACUGCAUUAAUUACAUUGCAGGGUUAACCAUUGAUGGCUGUCUCCCAGACAGCAACUAGAGGCACUACCGGAGUUUAACGCUGGAUGUCCACAUGCUUUGAAAUAAAUUACAGAGGUAGUCAACUACAUCAUAAACAAGUUCAAAUCAGGCAAAACAUGAGCAAACUUUCUUCUCCGUAUGCUUUACCUACCUUACUAGCUGCAAAGGACAGAGCGUUUAACAUUGACUGACAGGGUAAUAUUUAAUUACCAGAUUUCCUUACAGGUGAGCUAGAUUACAGAAAUAAAAUGCACUUAGUUUUCCUUUGCCCUUUUGUUUUUUCAGGUGACAAUAUCCGCGAGUUUCUCCUCAGCCUUCGAUACUUCAGAAUUUUCAUUGCUUUAUGGAAUAUUUUCAUGAUGUUUUGCAUGGUCGUGUGAGUAUAAGCAAAUUAUAUUUCUAUAUCUCCACGUACAGAAAUACUUACAUCUAAUGCUGUGCAGGAAGACUGGUUGGUUGCAUUUACAUACUAACACGUGGCUUUGUCCUGUCCAUGUACUAUGUCUAAAGGGAAACUGACACAUUUUUGGAAAUGAUACAACAGAAGAAAAUAUUGAAAAUCACCCAUAACUUGUGUUAACUAUUUUUUAUUUUGGGAAAACUCUCCCAAACUAGCCAUUGUUAACAAACAUAAGUUCCAUGAAAGAUUCUGCAGUACAUUUUAGGGAUCGACCGAUAUUGAACUUUCAGGUCGAUAGCCCAUAACUCACCGAUAUUCUGUACAUUUACCAUUUUGAAAAAAAUAAACUAUUUCUACACAAAUCUACUGUUAACUGAACAUGUUUUAGUUUUUUGCAAAUCUUCUUUUUUUUUUUUUAAUUAAAGGGACAAUAUAGUCACCCAGACCACUUCAGCUCAAUGAAGUGGUCUGGGUGCCAGGUCCCUCAGGUUUUAACCCUUCAGAUGCAAACACUGCUAUGUUUACAUUUGGGGUUGAUCCAGCCUCUAGUGGCUGUCUUCCGGACAGCCAAUAGAGGCGCAUCUGCGACGCUAGAGGCACAUUUUGCCUCCAUCGUGCAGAGUGUCCAUAGGAAAGAAUUGAGAAAUGCUUUCCUAUGGACACUUUGAAUGCGCGCGCGCCGCUUGCCGCGCAUGCGCAUUCAGGUCCGCUGACGUCGGGGGAGCAGAGGUCACCAGCGCAGAGGGAGCCCAGUGCUGGAACAAGGUAAGUGGCUGAAGUGGUUUUAACUCCUUCAGCACCACGGGAGGGGGACCCUGAGUGUGGGGGGCCGCUUUGUUUUCCUGACACUAUAGUGAUCCUUUAAGGUAAAUGCACAAAAUGUACAUGCCAGUCAGAAUUUUUGUUUUCAAGAAUAUUUAUUUAUGUAGUGGAUGCAGUGAAUGCAGUGUAUGUUUGUGUAGUGUGUACAUAAUGAAUGCAGUGUGUGUGUGUUUUGUGUAGUGUUUAAAGUGAACGCAGUGUGUGUGUAUAUAUAUAUAAUGAAUGCAGGGUGUGUUUGUGUAGUGUGUGUUUGUGUAGUGUUCGUAUAUAAUGAGUGCAGUGUUUGUGUAGUGAAUGCAGAGUGUGUGUGUGUGUUUGUGUAGUGUGUGUGUAAAAUGGGGGGGGGGGUGUCUUACUUGGCCAUGUAGGGGGGAUAUGGCAUUCCCCGGUAGUCCGAUGGCAUGAACUGUGCAGUGGGGGCCCGCAGCAAGCUCUUACUUACCUUCCCAGCAGCUCCCUCCAGCUCCCCUGUCUAAAUCUCGCGGCCAGCGAAAUUUAGACAGGGGCGGUCCUGGUCUGCAUUAUCGGCAAUAUCGGUAUUUCUAUAGGCCGAUACGGAUAUUGACGGAAAUACUGAAUAUUGGCGGUUAAUACGGGCAGACCAAUAAUCGUUCAAUCCCUAGUACAUAUUAUUUUUUAUUUUUUUUAAUUUUUUUAAGGACUGCAGAAUUGCUGGAGCAGCUUAGAGCAAAGAGGUUGCAGUAUGGGUAUGGUCAAGUUACCUUCAGAACCACUCAAAAAAAAAAAGGGGGGGAGGGGAGGGGGGCACCAUUUCCAAAAGGUGUUUCUACGACCUGUAGGAGACAAUUUCUGGCAGCUGUGUAGUAUAGCUGCCUUUUAAUGUGGAUGGGGAUGUCUCCUGCAGACAUAAGUCAUGUUGCAGAGCUCAAAACUGGCUGAGGUGGAGAAUGGGCUGUGUCAAAUUAUUCCUUGUGUAUAUCCAGAUCUGAACUGGCACCCUCCUCAUUUAGUCAUUUUUGUUCAGAUUGGCCUGUUGUGCAUUAUCUGCAGAAAAACUGCAAAUGUCCUCUUUGGGCUCAGUGUUUUUGGUUUUGACUACUAAAAGUCCUUCCAUUCUGGACACUGGUCUGGAUAUCUAAGAACUGCUAUUAAAAUGUGAACCACCACCAACCUGACCUUUUUUCACACGUUUAUUUGCGUCCAGCAGACAUUUUUUUUUAUAUAUAUGGAGUACUACUAUAGAAACAAAACACAGUUGUGCUUCCAAGUUCAGUCAUAUCAAUAGUAACAUACCAUCAUUUGGCAAUUUAAAUUAUUUAUUAAGGGACCACUAUAGUGCCAGGAAAACAUACUUGUUUUCCUGGCACUAUAGUGCCCUGAGGGUGCCCCCACCCUCAGGGUCCCCCUCCCGCCCGGCUCUGGAAGGGGGAAAGGGGUUUAAACUUACCUUUUCCCAGCGCUGGGCGGGGAGCUCUCCUCCUCCGAUCCUCCCCGCCGGCUGAAUGCGCACGCGCGGCAAGAGCGGCGCGCGCAUUCAGCCAGUCGCAUAGGAAAGCAUUUACAAUGCUUUCCUAUGGACGCUGGCAUGCUCUCACUGUGAAAAUCACAGUGAGAAGCACGCAAGCGCCUCUAGUGGCUGUCAAUGAGACAGCCACUAGAGGGAAUGGGGGAAGGCUUAACCCAUUGAUAAACAUAGCAAUUUCUCUGAAACUGCUAUGUUUAUGAAAAAAUGGGUUAACCCUAGAAGGACCUGGCACCCAGACCACUUCAUUAAGCUGAAGUGGUCUGGGUGCCUAGAGUGGUCCUUUAAUUUGUGAUUAUUUCACUAAGCAACAGUAAAAUUAUGUACCUUGUAAAAAGUACUUACCUGAACUUUUUCUUGUCUACAGGUUAUUUGGAUCAUGA